AGAAGCUAUUUUUUUAUUUUUAAAAAGCUACCAAAUUCAGUUUAUUGUUCGCGAUGGAAAUGUCCACCAUAAUUUGCAGGCUGUGCCUCAACCAAAACCAACCCGAUUAUUCAAUUUUGAACGAAAAUGAGCACUUGAUAAGUCUUAUUUUCGACUAUCUUACAAUUGAGAUUGUUCAAGACAGUUUGGAGGAUUAUUACAUCUGCCGAGAAUGCCAGGACACGUUGGAGACAUUUGUCGAUUUCAAAUCCCGGUGCCUACAAAAUGAUGCUGAAUUUCAGAGCAAGUAUCAGUUCAAGCAGGAAAUCUCGUGGGAUAUCGAUGAACCGAAACAAAUCGAACAAAUUCCGGAGACGGUUGAGACUCAAGAAAUCGAAAUCAAGGCCGAAUCAGAGUUGAAUGUCAAGUUGGAGGAGGAUUCAUCCAGCGAACCAACCAAGCUGCAAACCGAAAAAUACGUCCGCGAUCGUCGCAAGUUGCCGUGUCACAUUUGUGGAAAGUUUAUCUCGAACGCCCAGUACACGGUGCACGUUUCGUUGCACAGCAUCGAGGGUCGGGAAUUUUCGUGCCCCAUCUGCGGUCGGUCCUAUCGGCAGAAGCACAACCUUAAAAAGCACCUGAACACGCACACGAAAGCCGUGAUGCAUCCGUGCAGUGCUGAGGGAUGUGGUAAGCAGUUCGAUUCGGCUUCGACCCUGCGGAAGCAUUUUAAAAUUAUGCACACCAACAUCCGGGACCACGUUUGCAAAAUUUGUGGACGAGGGUUUGCGAUCGCGAGUGGUCUAAGUGGCCACAUGCGGACCACGCAUUGCACCGAGAAGACCCACGGUUGUCCGGAGUGUGGGAAGCUGUUCAAGACGCCUGGCGAAGUAAAGUUACACCUGAAGAUUCACACCAAGCGGGACCCAUAUCCGUGCCCAGACUGCGAUGAAUCGUUUCCAAAGGCAUCGAUCCUAAAGCAGCACAGAGCAGAAGUUCAUAAUUUUGUAUUUGUAGUGAAAGCAGACGCGUUGGCAAGCUUACCAAUUUGA